GUAAUGUUUUCCUCUGUUAAUGACGUUCGCGGCCUUCCUUCCCUCUCAGCGUCCUCCAGAGUGAAAUUGCCCGAUGAGGACAAUCAUUCUUUAAUGCAAGCGUCAUUUCUUCUAAGCACUGGUCUAUGCUUAAACCACGCGUAAAGUUAUACCGUAAAACUGCCCGUAUCUGAGUACGUGGCCACGAUGCCAUAAUCCGCACUUUAGUCAAUAUGAAUGAACAACUAAAUCAACAGACGUGCUGCUGGCGGCAACUAUGCACUCAUGG